AUGUUUCUCUUUGCGAUGGGCUGCAUGAUGCUCAAGAUCAAGCGCCAGGACAUUCCGCGCGACGUCCACGCACCGUGGUGGGCGUGCAUCUCGGGCGCGACGCUGAUUGCGAUCGGGUACUUUGGCAUCCUCCUCGGCGACCCGGCGGUGCUCAUGUACUUUGCGUACUACGCUCUCGGUGUUGCGUUUGUCGUGUAUAUGAUGCUGGCGCGCGUGACGGUCCUUCGCUGCUUGAUCUUUUUGGCCAAUUUGCUGCCGCACAAGCGCGCGACCAAGCUCGAGAUCAACGAGGAGAUUGAGCGCCGCGCGGCUGAGAUGGACGUGGUCGUCAAGGAAGACAACAUUCGGUUUUUCGAGCGCGAGAACAAGCGUGUAGCUCUGCUCGUCAAGACGAUCAAGGCCAUCAAGACGCAGCCGUUUGUCUUCUUCGUCAAGUCCCCGGACCUCACAGUCCUCAACAAGGUCAUCUUGUAUGUCCGCAACAACGAGAUGACGACGACACUUCGAUUCGUCCACGUAUAUCCCGACGUGACGGACGAAGCGAUGGAUACCAUUCAUGCGCUUCAGGAGAUGGUCGCGCUCUUUGAUCGGAUUUACCCCAAGAUCAAGACGGACUUUCCCCGCGACUAUCAUGUGGCUCAGCAAGGAGUACGAGAUGCCGACCAACAUGAUGUUAUCAAGCAGCCGACCAACUCGACGGUGCACAAGGUCUCGGGCUGCGGCGUCCGCGUCAUUACGGGCUAA